GCAGAGCGGUGUCACAAUGGAGUUUAAAGGAAUCAAACCUGGUGGUUUCUCUCUCUGCCACUGAUUUCACUGAGGAGUCACCUUUUUUUCCUGCGAUCAGCCGCUGCGGUUCCUCCUCCUCCUCCUCCUCCUCCUCCUCUUCCUAAACUUUACUCCCGUGUCUCCACCGCGCGUCUGUGGACAGUGGAGAAGGAAACCAGCAGAAAGAGUCAUGUUCUCCUUCAUGUUCCUGCUCCUCCUCGUUCCACAUGUGCUCUUCUCCUCGACGCAUGUGGCCGUGGUCUCCCCUCAGGAUCCAGUCCUGCUUAUCGGCUCCAGCCUGACGGUCACGUGCUCGCUGAGUCCAGAGCUUGGCCUCCACGCCGGCACGUUGUACUGGACGCUGAACGGCCUGCGUCUGUCCAGCAGCUCCUACAGCGCGGCGUCCUCCAACACUCUGAGCGUCACCCUUCACAACCUGAACGGCUCUCGGCAGAAGUCUGGAGACAACCUGGUGUGUCACGCAGCAGAUGGACACGUCCUGGGUGGUUCUUGUCUCUACGUGGGCACGCCUCCAGAAAAACCACUCAAUUUAUCGUGUUGGUCUCGCAAUGCCAAGGACUUGAGCUGCAAGUGGAGCCCGGGCGGCCGCGGUGAAACCCACAUCCGAACUAAAUACUCGCUCAAGUACAAACUGAGGUGGUACGGCAGAGAGAAGGAGUGUGAAAAUUACAGCACGGGUAAGCAGCGUUACUCCUGCUACAUCCCCCGUAACCUCGCCCUCUUCACCCCGUAUGAGAUCUGGGUUGAAGCGACCAAUCAGCUGGGCUCGACAUCCUCUGACAUCACCACUCUGGACAUCCUGGAUGUAGUGACCACAGACCCUCCUGCCAACGUGCAGGUGAGUCGCGUUGGGGACCUCGAAGACCAGCUGACAGUCCGCUGGGCGAGCCCCCCCGAGCUCAAGGACAUCCUGUUUCAGGCCAAGUAUCAGAUCCGCUACAGACUGGAGGACAGCACUGAAUGGAAGGUGGUGGAUGAUGUUGGCAACCAGACGUCAUGUCGGCUGGCCGGCCUCCAACCUGGAACAGUCUAUUUUGUCCAGGUUAGGUGCAACCCAGUGGGCAUCUAUGGUUCAAGGAAAGCCGGCAUCUGGAGUGACUGGAGUCACCCAACUGCAGCCUCCACUCCUAGCACUGAGCGUUUGCAGAGCGGCUCCUGUGACUCUAAGCCCAGUGAGCAGAACUCCACCCUGCGGCGGGAACUCAAGCAGUUCUUCGGUUGGGUCCGCAAGCACGCGUAUGGCUGCAGUGGCAUGUCAAUCAAACUGUACGACCAGUGGCGGGUGUGGCUGCAGAAAUCGCACAAAACGCGCAACCAGGUAGAUUCUUCAAGAUGAUAAUUCAUAGCACCGCCAGUGUUUUGUUGUUUUUUUUUAAUUCAAGAACAGCCUCACCAAACACUGAUGGACAACUGGCCUGGAGCGUCCCAGCUGUGGGAGAGGUCCACCGCCCUGGCUGAGGGAUACUGCAGCGUUUAGUCUCAUCCGCCGCGAGUUUAAAGGGCCCGAGUGGAAGAUAACUGAAGUGAGACAAUGAAGCCUUUUCUCUAAUAUUUCCGCUGGUCUUUGCACACACACACUCACACACUUACAUUAAUGCCCUCAGUAACUGCACUUUUUAGUCCAUGUAUAAAGAAUGAAGUUAUGGUUAUAGUUCGGGCUUCUUACGGAGUUAAUAAAAAUAUGUUUUAAUGAUGUCAAAUGGUAACUAUUACUCAAGCAUGUUAAAAACAUAACAUAUGAUGUAUUUCAGUGGCAAUAACAUGACAUGGGUGUCUGUGUUUGCGGGUCAAUAAUUGUAAUAACCUUUUGUAAAGUGGUAAUUAACAAACAUUAGUACUUUUGUAGAGGUUUAAACAAAUCUAUGUGAAAUGUAUAAUGUUUAGUACAUUACAAAAGUUUAGCAAUAUCCCAAUUGAUCAAUUUGAUGAGAACUUAUAAAACAUCAAAUAUACAGUUUUGUAUUAUUAGUGUAGUUAAAUCAGAGUAAGUAGUUAUUAAACCCCAGUACAUAAAUCAUAAAUGCUCUACUUUCUGUUAAGUGCACAUAUCAAAGAGUGUCUGAACAUACAUUUUGAUACUAUAUAUUUUUAUAAAUGUAUAUUUAAGCAAUAUGGAUUUUUCUUUUUUUAAGUUAUACGCUUUACUUGUGGUCAAUUCUGAAACAUACAGUGU